AUGAAGGGACCUAGUGAGUCCAAGGUGAACGCUGCCCAAUCUUUCCUGCCAGGUAGCCUCCAUCGAGACGAGGCAAAGGCAACGACAACCCGCGGUGAACAGAGGUCUCAAAAAAGACGCUCCAGGUCCUUGGGCUCGCCUAAGUCACGUUUAGAAGGUGAGUCCGACGUGGGGUCGUCAGGCUCAUGGCCCGUUGAACGUUCCCAGGAGCACAGUAGCGCCUCGCAGCCUGCAGUCUCGUCGACUUCGCAGCCGAGCACCUCAUACGACCACAGCCGGUUCAUGUCUCAUGGCUUGAACGACGAUCUGGGCUACUAUCAUUGGAGUUCGAGACUCAAGGAGGCCCUGCGGCUGCCCCUGAACGUACGCCUCGAGCUCCUGUCACCCGCCAUGACGUCGUCCGCUGAGGCCGAUGGAGGCGCCCAGCCUGGCGUCAAGGAAAGACGCUCCUCGGCCCAGGUAGCCUCGGCCCAGGUCACCUCGGCUCCCAUCGUCUCGGCUCAAAUGAACACCUUCUGGAGCCUGUGGGCAACGCAGUCGCGUCACAUGAUGCCUAAAGGGUGGCAUCAGCUGACCACGUCCGAUCUGGCUUGCGCCGUGGCCACCAUCCUGUCGGCGGGCAUCGUGAUCUUGACCUCCCUCGUGCUCCUCUCGCCCGGCUCUCCGCCCGUGCGCGCCGAGGUGACCAUUGCCGGUGCCUUCGGUUCUGUCACGGGCUUCGGCUUGCUCGCUGCCGGACGACAAGUGUACGCCUUUCUGGGCGUGCCCUUCGCCGAGCCAUGGUUGCACAAGGACCGCUUUCAGAAAGCCAUGCCACGGACGCCCGCCACGAUGAACGCUCAGCGUCCGGGUCCCGCGUGCUACCAAGAAGACGCCGUUGGUUCCGAUCUGUCGGAGAACUGCCUGCAUCUGAACAUCUGGACGCCCGAGGCGACCUGCGACGCGACGCGGCAGCCCUCGUGCGCGAACCGGACGGUGCUCUUCUUCCUGCACGGAGGGUUCUUCCAGACCGGAAGCAACAGGGACUACCCGCUCGACGGAAGCUACCUGUCCGCCUUGGGAGACGUGGUGGUGGUUGUGCCCAACUACAGACUCGGUGCCCUCGGCUUCCUCUACAACGGGGGGCCCGAGGCGCCAGGCAAUGCGGGCCUGCAAGACCAACUGCUGGCGCUCGAGUGGACACGCGCGCACAUCGGCAGCUUCGCCGGGAACUCUUCCGACGUGGUGGCCAUGGGACACGGUGCCGGUGCUGGCUCCAUCGGCCUGCACAUGUUCGGUAGUGCGGCAGCAGGCGAUGACCGGGAGAGGCAUGGCAGCGUCGGCAUACCGCGCCUCACCAGAGCCAUCCUGAUGAGUGGCAGCCCGUUCACCAGGACGCACGACAACACAGUCAACUACCGCGCCAAUGUGGACUGGCUGGUGCAACAGCUGCAGUGCGACGUCGUGGACGGUGUCCGUUGCCUCCUCGGCGUGGACGCCAAGUCACUGUACUCCAACGCGCUGCUACCCCGCUUCUUUCCCACGUUCACCGGGAUACUGCGGUACUCGCCAUCCAAGCUGAAGCAGCUCGUCCGCCUGACAGGCGUGAACGUUCUGCUGGGCCACAUGGAGGACGAGGUGCCGUAUCUGAUGUCCCACUUGCAGAAGAAAGGCGUGGUAGAAGGACCAGUGCUGGACAGGAUGGUGCCCAGCUUGCUUCAAUACCUGGGUUUCAAUGACAGCAGCUCCGUCGUCAUAGCCCAUUACUACACGAAUGGCUUUGUGUACUCUCUAAUCUUGUGCACCUUCGUUCACACUAAGACGCUUAAGCUUGAAGUGAGUGGUGUGCAGUUCCACGUGAACAUGCAGGAUAGGGGAGCCGAACUUGGCCAGCUGCUGGCACAGGGCUCGGCGGGCAACGUUAGCCACUGGGCGGGCAACCUGCUUGCCGAUAUUCUGGUCGUGUGCCCCGUACGCCACUUCGCCGACUACCUGGCCUCGUCGGGCAACAACGGCGUCCACCGGUACCUGCUGCUCAGGCGACGGCACCCGUCGACUGCGGAGUCGCAGGAGGACGACUCUCCGAGCUCGUCGGAGACGGUGGCCCAGCUGUACGCCCUCGGCCUGGUCUUCGGUGAUCCGCUGCGCCGGAACAACAGCGACGCCGAAGAGCAGGCGCUCAGCCGUCGCAUGAUUACCCUCUGGACGGACUUCGCCAAGAGAGGGACCAUUCCAGCCGACCUGGGCGAGACCAUCUUCAACUACACCAUAGCGAUUUCAAGUGCGCCGAACACCGAGCGGAGCCCGUUUGAAUUUCGCAAAACUCAGUGCGACUUUCUCAAAGACCACUAUCUAUGA